UGGUUUCUUCCUGGGCUUUCUCAGCUUUCCUCACUCCGUCUUGUGAGUCAGGAGACUACAGUUUCUCUGUAAGCCUUUAUCUAGUGCAGUUCAGGAUCCUAGCUACAAAGCCUAUGGCUGGAGGAUCCACAGGGCCACACAGGCCUUGCUCAGCUUCUCUCUUGUUCACGGAGGUCUCUGCUUCCUCGGCAAUUCAUCCCACACUGGCUGUGGUGGCUGCCUGGAUCCUGCCCUGCCCUGAUCUCUUCUCCUCAGAGCAUCCCUAGUCCUUCCCUUCCUGCCCCAUCCCAGCUGAGAAGAGGACCUAUGGCCUGGGAGGCCACAUGCCUGCUGUCCCCCAUCCUGCUUUUGCUCCUGGCCUCAGGUUCCUGGGCACAGAACAGAGUGUUUCUUCAAAGAGCAGAGGGAGAGACCAUUGUGGUGAGAUGCCAGUAUGAUUCCAGCCAACGCUUCAAGGAGAAGGUGUGGUGUCAGGAAACAUCAGCAGAAACUUGUGAAAUCUUAGUGUCCAGUCGCAGCACAGAUGCUCAGCUGUCAAAAUUCUCCAUCAGGGACUAUCCUGAUUCUCAAUUCUUCACUGUCACCAUGACUGCACUCACGGUGAGAGACUCAGGUCUCUAUUUCUGUGGGGUCGUUGAAAAUCUCAGAAGAAUCUUUAUUCUCAGAAACAUCUACCUGAAGGUGUCAAAAGCCCCACCCACAGCCUCCUGGAGAACAACAGCCCUGGCCUCUGCCACCAGCUCCAUCACUGGCAGCCCUCCAGAUAACUGGAUGUGGAAGGUCAUCAUUGCUGGUGUGGUAGUGGCCAUCCUGCUACUGCUCGGACUUGUGGUCCUUGUCAUCCUGUACCUCAGGAAUGCUCGACGAAGAGCCCAGAAAGCUGAGAACGAAUGUCACCAUAUUUAUGAAGACUUUCCAGGCCAACAGGAAGAAACCACGGCCUUCAAUCAGCAGACCCUCUCCAGUGAGGACGCUGAGAUCACCUGCUAUGCUUCUCUCAUCCACCUCAACCACGUGAGCCCUCAGGACUCUGUCUCUAGCAACACCCAGCCCUACCUGAAGCCCUCGCCUGACCCCCUUCUGUCUGUGGAAUAUGCUAGCAUCUCUAGAAACAGACUCCAGUCUUCCACGGCCCCAAGAGGUGGAGACCAGGAACUGAGGCUGAGCGCACAGGGCAGAGCAUGUAGGCAUAAAGGCACAUCCCAGCAGAGGAGGAACUUCCUACAGCAUAGAUGGUCUCAGAAUUUUGGGGCCACACUUUCUUCAAGGAAGAUGACCCAAAGCACAGUGGAGAGGGCCUGUGGACCCCUGAUCUCUCCCCUCUGGAGGCCAGUGCCGCUGGGACGGUCUACGUGGACAGAGACCUGGGCCAGUGCCUCUCGAUGACUUGCCUCCCUUCCUGUGGUGACCUCCACUUCCUUCCCCACUGGCUCUUGAAACCCAGGAAGAUUGUGCAAGUUCCCCCAGGAACUCCGAGUCAGCGGGGACGUCUGCCCAACCCCAGCUCCUUCCCACAC